AUGAUGAAGGACUGCCUGCAGUUUCUCAUCGAGCCGGCCAAAAAGCUCAAGAUCAGACUCAAGGAGUCUCGUAAGCGAGUGAAACUUGAGAAGAAGGAGCCGCUGGUGGAGAGUCAGUUAUUUAUCAUGGAACUGGCCCGAGAACUCAACAAAAUUUGCCAGAGGUCAAACAUCCUCAGCCACAUCUGGACCAGUGAGGACAUCUGGCCAGCCAGUGUGUGUCGUGAUUUCAUUGUGGAGUGGGCUGCUGUGUUGGAGAAGAGAGUACAGCCGAGGAUCAUCAUGUCUGAAUACCAGUACCAGAUACCAGAGAAGAAAGACUGGAAGGGACACCUCCUCUGCAUGCUGGAGGCCGGGGGGGAGUGCGACAUGGGGCCCCCCAAAAGAGUCAUCAUGGACUGGACGCGGGGGAUCAAAAGCAGACCUCAGCCCACCGUCUGGCCGGGCGAGCCCGUGCUCAUGAUGCUAGACGACCUGGAGUUCCAGUGGAAGAGGGGCCGUCUCCCCAACCUGCUCCCGGCCGUGGAGCUCGUCAUGCUGGCCGUGAUGAAUGCCGACAGCCCCGUCGAGGAGGACGUGACUAAGCGAUGGCUGGUGAGGAAGCAGAGGAGCCAGCAGAUCGACGCUGUCCGCUACAUCCCCCACAGUGUGUGGAAUUGGAUUUGCGAUGCCGCAGAGGAAGUCACUCUGGACUCGGACACGGCCAACGCAGACCUGCUCAUCUCCGGGGACGAAAAGCGCAUGCGCUGCGGCCUGGAGCGCCGCGAGCUGCCGCGGUGCCGGCGACGCUUCGACGGCUGGUGGUGCGCCGCGGGCCGGGAGGGCUACGCCACCGGACGCCACUACUGGGAGGUGGAGGUGGGCGAGCGGGACUGGCGGCUGGGCGUGGCCAAGGCGUCCGCGGUGAGGCAGGGCUUCUGCUCGCUCACCACGGACACGGGCUACCUGACCCUCCGGCUGGAGCGGGGCACGGAUCUGAAGGCCCUGACGGUGCCCGCCGCCCCGCUGCCGCAGAGCCUGGUGCCCAGGAAAGUAGGGGUGUACCUGGACUAUGAGCAGGGCCAGCUGUCCUUCUACGACGUGGAGAAGCGCUCCCACCUGUACACCUACAACGAGAAGUUCACAGAGGAACUGUACCCCGUGUUUGGGACUGUGGAGGUGCUCAGAGACCUGGUGAUAAGGCCUGCCGACGUCAGACAGCCGUGCCUCUGCCCCGGGCCCUGCCUCUGGAACUGA